AUGACGACUGCCAGCGCUUCCACUGCCGUGAUUGGCUCUGUUGAGCUGACCUCUGUCAGCCCAUUCCCUGCGACGGUGGCUAAGUCGUCGUCCAGUGGCUUCUUCGAUACACAACCACGACGUCUUGGAUCUAAUCAGCAUGACGGCGCCAAUACUGGUUCUGACGACAAUGGACUUGAGAGUAUCGCUGCUCAUACGGCUCCUGUCGAGGCGGUGGAGAGCUGGAGGUAUCCGCGCUCAAAUGUGUUCAAGACGGGUGCCACAUUCUGGAGCAUGCUGACUUCUGGUGCCAAUGAUGCUGCCUAUGGUGCUCUUAUUCCAUACUUGGAAAAAUACUAUGAUCUCAGCUACAUUGUCGUCUCCCUCAUUUUCCUGUCCCCGUUUGUCGGGUAUAUCCUUGCAGCCGCCAUAAACAACAUGCUGCAUAGAAAGAUUGGCCAGCGGGGUAUAGGUGUUACUUGUGGAAUAUGCCACAUCAUUGCCUACAUCAUCAUUUGCCUCCACCCCCCUUACCCAGUGCUGGUCUUGGCCUACGCCGUCGCUGGCUUUGGCAAUGGUAUCAGUGAUGCUGCCUGGAAUGCUUGGGUUGGCAACUUGGAUAGGGCAAACGAGACCUUGGGUUUUCUCCACGCGUUCUAUGGUAUUGGUGGCACCAUUAGCCCUCUCAUUGCUACCAGCUUGAUUACCAAGGCCAAUCUGCCGUGGUACAACUUUUACUAUGUCAUGAUCGGUCUCGCCGUCGUUGAACUCACUACCUGCACAUGGGCUUUCUGGCCCAACGGCGGUGAAGUCUACCGCAGGACCAUGGAGGCAAGCAACGAAAACCACGAAGGCAUGAAGCAGGCACUAUUCCAGAUGCCCUACGCUCGCGUCACCUGGCUCUGCGCCGCCUUUCUGCUUGCCUAUGUUGGAGUUGAGGUGUCUCUUGGUGGCUGGGUUGUCCAGUUCAUGAUCCGCGUCCGUAACGCUGAGGCGUUCCCAGCCGGAAUGACAUCUGUCGGCUUUUGGCUGGGACUCACUCUUGGCCGUGCCAUUUUGGGCUUCGUGACCCCAUUGCUCGGCGUCAAGAUUGCCGUUGCCCUUUACCUACCAGCCACUAUGGCCCUGGAGCUCGUCUUCUGGCUGGUACCGCAGUUUUAUGUCUCUGCCGUUGCUGUUGCCUUCCAGGGAUUCUUUAUUGGACCUCUAUUCCCUGCCGUCGUCAUCGCCACCACCAAGAUGUUGCCCAAGCAUCUGCAUGUCAGCACCAUCGGGUUCGCCGCAGCUUUUGGUGGUAGCGGAGCGGCUGUGCUGCCGUUUGCGGUCGGUGCCAUUGCUCAGGCAAAGGGUGUCCAGGUUCUUCAGCCAAUCAUUCUUGCGCUGUUGGCAACGCUCCUAGCUUUGUGGCUCUGCUUACCCAGGAUCGGAAAGAAGAGGGAUUAG